AUGGCGCCGCCGCAUCCCUAUGCCAGCGGGGCACCCUACGCCGGCGGGAAUGUCGGCGGCGACCAGGCCGCGUUCUACAACCAGACACAGCAGGCGCCGGCAGGCUACUACAACAAUGGUGGCGGGUUCAGCGGAAAAGAUGACAAGAUGCUCCUUGCGCCACAUGGCUUCGAGGGGCAGCGGUGCGAGCCGAAAAGGCCCAAGUUCAGGGACCCCAUCUUCGCCCUGCUCGUCCUCGCCGUCCUCGCGGGGUUCGUCGCAAUCUCGGUUAUCUCACUACGCGCAUACUCAACGUCAGACGUCAGCGGAAGCAUAGGUGGCAAGGGUGGCAUCGGAAGCACACUCAAUCAUCAUACCGCCAUCCUGUUGAUGCUGAGCUGCGCCGUCGCGUUGGUGUUAAGCGUUUUGUACAUCCUGCUCGUUAAGCUCGCCACUACGAUCGUCCUCGAAGUGACGCUGGCGUUGAGCGUUCUCGCAAACGUUGCAUAUGCAGUCCUACUCUGGAUCCGUGGCUUCACAUCGGCGGCCAUCAUCUUCACCAUCUUUUCCGUCAUCUCGAUCGUAUCGUAUUUCUUCAUUCGCAAGCGCAUCCCGCUUGCCAAGCUAAUGCUGCGCACGAUCAUCCGUGCGUCCAACGAAUACAAGUCGACGUACAUCGUCGCGCUGCUCGGCCUCGUCGUCCAGACCGCCUUUAGCGUCUGGUGGGCCUGGACGCUCGUCGCCGUCUACCAACGCUUUGAGCCGGGUACCAGCGCCAGCGGGAGCAGCGCCAGCUCCGGAGCUGUCACUGGCCUUGUUGUUUUCCUUGUUUUUGCGUGGUAUUAUCUGAGCGAAGUGAUCAAAAACAUCUUCUUUACAACCGUCGCCGGCGUUUACGCUACCUGGUAUUACAAUGAAACAGGAGCCAAAGUCAACCGUGCCGCCCUGUCGAGCUUCAAGCGUGCGACAACGUUUUCGCUCGGCUCGAUUGCCUUCGGCUCGCUCAUUGUUGCCUUGCUUGACCUUCUCCGGGCCGUCCUCAACGUUAUCCAACAGAGCCAGGCGCAGGAGGGCGACGUCAUCGGCACUAUCGUCACCUGCAUCGCUGAAUGUUGUGUCAGCUGCAUUGACUGGAUAGUACAGUACUUCAAUCGCUAUGCAUACAUCAACAUCGCUAUGUAUGGCAAUUCGUACAUCGAAGCGGCCAAAGAGACGUGGGACCUGCUGCGCAACAAGGGCAUCGACGCGCUGAUCAACGACUCGCUUGUCAACAUCGUCUACAUGAUCGGAGCGUACAUCAUCGCGACGCUGACGGCGCUCUUCGCGUACGUCUACCUGCGCCAGACUAACCCAAGCUACGUGCAGGAGCAAGGAAACUACUUCUCUGUCAUCCUGCUCUAUGCGUUCGGGCUCGGGAUCAACAUUGCGCUCGCCCUUGGCCAAGGCUCCAUCGGCAGCGGCGUCAGCGUGCUCUUCGUUGGGCUCGGCGAGGACCCGCAGCUGCUCGCGCAUAGGGACCCUCAGCUGUUCGAGGCCAUCCGUCAGGCGUAUCCCGAUGUCGUCCGGCCCGUCGCAUGA